AUGCUGUCACUCCGUACUAUUGCCCGUUCGGUUCCUCGCGCCAUCCCGCGCUCGAUUGCUGGCUCCGCUCUGCGCCCGGUGUCAAGAAUCCCCUCGGCUUUGCCCCAGCCCUGGAAGCAGACCAUCAAGCCCGCCUACGCUGCUUUCUCGACCUCUAGCAUUCGCAAGGAGCCGGCUUCCGAAGGAGACGUCGACCUCCUCAGCAAGCUCAACGAGGAACUGUCGCACGAGUCGGAAACCGAUCCCUCGGAGCUGAAGGACCAGCAGGAGAGCAUUGACGCUUUUCUGAAGGAUGGCAACUGGCAGGUGAAAGAUGUCGAGGGAGAGCAGGAGGUGGUUCUGUCCAAGAAAUUUGGCAACGAGACCAUUCGCAUCACCUUCACCGUCGCCGACAUCAACAACCUCUCCGAGCAGGAGUUCGAGGACAACGCCCUGGGCGAUGAGGAUGACUUCUCAGGCCACCAGUCGAUCAACCAGGGCCGCGGCAACGACAUCGCCCAGCACUCUGAGGACCGCGUGUCCCCGGCCGACCGCGAACUGGACGACCUGGACCGCAUGCCGGAGCCCAGCUUCCCGUCGCGCGUCAACAUCACCGUCGAGAAGCCCAACCAGGGCGCCCUGCUGAUCCAGACCACCGCCCAAGACGGUGCCAUCCAGAUUGAAGACGUCUCCCACUUCAGCAAGCCCGAGCUCGCCCACGCCCAGACCGCCGAGAAGGACUGGACGCGCCAGAACCUCUACGCCGGCCCGGCAUUUGAGAACCUCGACGAGGAGCUGCAGGCUCUCUGGGAGCGCUACCUGGCUGACCGUGGCAUCGACAGUGCUCUUGCCAGCCUGGUCCCUGACUACAUUGCCGUCAAGGAACAGAAGGAAUACGUGCGCUGGUUGUCCAGUGUCAAGAACUUCAUUGGUGCUUAA